AUGACUAGAAAAAAGGUGAAACUCGCAUUCAUAGUCAAUGAUGCUGCAAGGAAGGCAACAUACAAGAAAAGGAAGAAGGGUCUAAUGAAGAAGGUGGAUGAACUCACCACCCUUUGUGGCAUUGAAGCAUGUGCUAUAGUUUAUAGCCCAUAUGAUUCUCAACCAGAGGUUUGGCCAUCCCCAUGGGGUGUCCAAAAGGCACUAGCCAAGUUCAGGACAAUGCCUGAAUUGGAGCAGAGCAAGAAGAUGGUGAACCAAGAGACUUUCCUGAAACAAAGGAUUCUGAAGGCUAAAGAGCAGGUGAAGAAACAAAACAAGGACAACAGGGAAAAGGAGAUGACCUUGCUCAUGCUUCAGUGCCUUAGUGCAGGGAAGCUUCUGCAUGAUAAUUUGACCAUGGUUGAUUUGAAUGAUCUUGCAUGGUUGAUUGAUCAGAACUUGAAGGAUGUUGAUCGAAGGUUGGAAACAAUGAAUAAGAAUUCUCAUAUGACUCCAAGCCAAGCCCAAAUGAUAGCCCCUGUAGCCAAGAAUGAAUAUAUGACACCGGUGGAUCAUGGCCAUGGGUUUGAUAUGAAUGUUGACACCAUGCAAAAACAGUGGUUUAUGGACUUGAUCAACAAUAAUGGGGAUGAAACAAUGCCAUUUGGAGAUGUCAAUCUCCAAAAUGGCUUUUGCCCUAACCCAUUGCUUCCUUGA